AUGUUUAAUUCCUUUGUGUCCAAGAUAGAACCCAAAACCAUCAACACCGCUCUUGAUCACUCCGAUUGGGUGCAAGCGAUACAAUACGAACUAAACGAGUUCGAACGAAACAAAGUUUGGAGGUUAAUUCCUACUCCACCUGAAGCAUCAGUUGUUGGUUUGAAAUGGGUGUUUCAUAAUAAGUUGGAUAAAGAAGGGAACGUAGUAAGGAACAAGGCAAGACUCGUUGUUAAGGGUUAUUGCCAAGAAGAGGGAAUCGACUACGAAGAAACCUUCGCUCAUGUUGCAAGAUUGGAAUCAGUUCAAAUAUUCUUAGCAUGCGCAGCUCAUAAGAACUUUGAAGUAUUUCAAAUGGAUGUUAAAUGA